AUGGCCGCCCCCACGUCCCACGCCGCUCCCGGGGCCUCCGCUGGAGUGGCCGCCCGUUGCCGCCGAUUGCCCUGCUCCCCGCGGCGCUGCCUGCCUACCCGGUUCCUGUCAGCCAACGACGGGGCCUUUUACCUUUCUCCAAAACCCGCUUUCAACCCAAAUUCCGGUUGUAGGCGCGGAAGACGGGCGUGGCCGCCCGCUCUGAUUUGUCGCCGCGAGGGGGCGGAGUGCUGGGAGGAAAACAUUUUCCCGGGAAAGCUUCACGCGCUGUGGCGCUGUUUCCGUCGUUCCCAGGCCGUCGCCCCGCCGGGGAGGAGCCCGGCCAUGAGCAAACUCCGGGCAGCAGCUGCCGGGGGUCUCCGGCGAAGCGGCAGGAGAGCGGUAUCGCCUGCGGGGAAGAGCAGGAAGGCAGGGGCCCCGGCUUCAGCGCCUGCCCCACCUCCCGCCCAGCAUCUGUUCAGCGACCCGGCUGAGAUCCAGGCCCUGCGCGGAAACCUGCUUGCUUGGUAUGACAAAUGCAAGCGAGACCUUCCUUGGAGGACACUGGCAGCUACUGAGCCAGAUGCUGACAGGCGGGGCUAUGCAGUGUGGGUGUCCGAGAUCAUGCUCCAGCAGACACAGGUGGCUACAGUGAUUGACUACUACAAUCGCUGGAUGCAGAAGUGGCCGACGCUGCAGGCUUUGGCUCAGGCAUCCCUGGAGGAGGUGAAUGAGCUGUGGGCAGGACUUGGCUACUACUCAAGAGGGAAACGUCUGCAGGAGGCAGCAAAGAAGGUGGUGUCAGAACUGGAUGGCCAGAUGCCCAGGACAGCUGAGCUCCUGCAAAAGCUGCUGCCAGGUGUGGGCCGAUACACAGCAGGAGCAAUAGCAUCUAUCUCGUAUGGGCAGGCUACUGGCGUCGUGGAUGGGAAUGUGAUCCGGGUCCUGUGCCGCCUGCGGUGCAUUGGUGCUGACUCCAGCAGCCCAGCUGUCACUGACUGGCUCUGGGACAUGGCCAACGCUGUGGUCGACAGGAGCCGCCCAGGGGAUUUUAACCAAGCCCUGAUGGAGCUGGGGGCAACUGUGUGUGUGCCCAAGGCCCCGCUGUGUGGGGAGUGCCCCGUGAAGAAGCAAUGCCGAGCACGGCACAGGGUGGAGAAGGAGCUGGCCCUUGCCUCUCAGAAACUGCUUGGAAAACCCACCCCAGUGCCUGAUGUUGAGGACUGCGUUGGGGACUGUCCCCUGUGCCCCCCAGCUGCAGAGCCUUGGGACAGUAGCCUGGGUGUGACCAACUUCCCCCGGAAAGCAGCGAAGAAGCAGCCGCGGGCAGCACGAACGGCUACGUGUGUGCUGGAGCGGAGGGGCUGCCACGGGGCCCCCCAGUACCUCAUCGUGCAGAGACCCAGCUCAGGUCUCCUGGCCGGGUUAUGGGAGUUCCCAAGUCUCCCAGUGGCUCAGGAUCUGCAGGAGGAGAAGCAGAGGGAGGUGCUGGCAGAUCAUCUCCAGGCCUGGAUGGGGCAGCCUGUGGCAGCUGAAGACCUGCAGUUUAUUGGAGAGGUUGUCCACAUCUUCUCUCACAUCCACCAGACAUAUGUGGUCUACUCCCUGCCCCUGGCUGGGGAUGUGACCCUGGACCCUUCCUCAUCCCAGUCCCGCUGGGUGACAGAGGAGGAGUUCCAUGCCUCUGCUGUUUCUACAGCUAUGAAGAAGGUGUUGAAAGCAUGUGAGAAGCAACGUGGGAAGGAGAGCAUCCCCAGCAUGGGCCCCAAGAGGAAGCGGGGGACAAAAAUGCAGAGAGCAAGCAGCACCUGUCCUGGGACACAGCUCUCCCUCCAUGCAUUCCUUCGGGCACCAACUGCUCUGUGAUGGCACCUUCCACCUCUGAGACCACCAGAGACACAUUCUGUGGUGAGUCCUGCCUGCAAUGUG